AUGUCUUCUUCAAGGAGAGUGUAUACACAGUUUGAGGAGCAACAUAAAAGAUUGUUGGCACAACAGGAAGAAUUGGUCAAUCUCGAAGAAGGUGAAGGUGGAGAUGAGACUUUAGCAAUGGAGGAGGAUGAGGAUGAUGACUAUGGAAGGCAUAGGGCCUCACAUUCCCACCAUGUCAUGGAAGUUGUGGGUCAAAUAUCCAAACCCAUACGUUCUGCAAACUUCGAUAGAAAAAGGGAAAUACGAGGUCUUAUUCCUGAGCAAAAAGUUACUGCUACCUUACAGAUACUUGCAUAUGGAGUAUCUGCAGAUAAAGUGGAUGAGAUAACGAGAAUGAGAAAAUCAACUGUUCUGGAGUCCCUGAUGCUAUUUUGCUCCGCAAUUGAAGCCCUCUAUACGAAGGAGUACCUUCGGAAACAGACGCAUAGGGAUCUGCGAAGGGUACUGAGGAAGGGAGCUCAGAAUGACCUAAAUGUCCUUACCCAAUCUCCAGUCUUCGACGAAGUGCUGCAAGGAAAAGCACCCAGAGUCACAUAUUCAGUCAAUGGCCAUACAUACGACGAGCCAUACUACCUUGCAGACGACAUUUACCCAAGAUGGACAACGUUUGUCAAAACAGUCCCACAUCCAAAAAAUGAAAAAGAAACACUUUGCAAAAUGUUAAAAGGGGUGUAG